UUCCCAUCCGGGGUCACGCCGAUCUUCCGGGAAUCUCUGACAGGGCUGUCUACGCCGCCUUUUCGGCGACUUUUUGGGUCUUCCGCUUUUUUUUUUUUUUUUUCUUCCCCUUCCUUUCUUUUUGUUGUCGCCGCCCCCCAGCCUUCCACGCCCGCGCGGGCCCGGCCGUCUCGGUUCUCGCCUCUCCGCCGCCCUGCCGGGGCCUGGGUCACCCGCCCGAGCUGGGCCUCGCCGUGCCGCGCGGGCUGCUCCGACCUCGGCCAGCUCGGGCGGCAGCUCGGGCCUGGGAGCGCGUCGGCGGGCGGUGCCGCUGGGCCCUGCUCGGCCCCUCGGCGUGGACGCCGGUAGAAGAAUACAUGUUCACCUUCAGUGAACAAGAGCAUGUUCCCAAACUCAAUUUUGGGUCGUCCUCCCUUCACUCCAAACCACCAACAGCAUAAUAACUUCUUUGCUCUCUCACCAACUCUUUAUUCACACCAGCAACUUAUUGAUGCACAAUACAACUUUCAAAAUAUAGACUUUUCUAGAGCUGUGACCUUACAGCCCCUGACAUAUGGAACUGUCAGUCCAAUACAGACCUCGACAUCCCCAUUAUUUCGAGGAAGGAAGAGAAUAAACGAUGAAAAAAGCUUUCCUCUUGAUGGUAAACGGCAGCGCUUCCAUUCGCCCCACCAAGAGCCAACUAUAAUUAACCAGAUAGUGCCUUUAUCAGGUGACCGAAGAUACUCCAUGCCACCAUUGUUUCACACACACUAUGUACCAGAUGUAGUACGAUGUGUUCCACCUCUUCGAGAAAUUCCACUGUUAGAACCUAGAGAAAUCACACUGCCUGAGGCCAAAGAUAAGUUGAGUCAGCAGAUACUAGAGUUGUUUGAAACUUGUCAGCAGCAAGCAAGUGACUUGAAGAAGAAAGAACUCUGUAGAGCACAGCUGCAGAGAGAGAUCCAGCUGCUGUUCCCACAAAGCAGACUUUUUUUGGUUGGAUCAUCUUUAAAUGGAUUUGGUGCCCGGAGCAGUGAUGGCGAUUUAUGCUUAGUUGUUAAAGAGGAACCAUGUUUUUUUCAGGUAAAUCAGAAGACUGAAGCACGCCAUAUACUCACCUUAGUCCAUAAACACUUCUGUACUAGACUUUCUGGCUACAUUGAGAGACCUCAGCUGAUUCGUGCAAAAGUGCCAAUUGUGAAGUUCAGGGAUAAAGUCAGUUGUGUGGAAUUUGACUUAAAUGUAAACAAUACCGUUGGAAUUAGAAACACAUUCCUUCUCAGAACUUAUGCCUACCUGGAAAAUCGAGUUCGUCCGUUAGUGCUGGUGAUUAAGAAGUGGGCAAGUCACCAUGAUAUAAACGAUGCCAGUCGCGGUACUUUAAGCAGCUACAGUCUUGUACUGAUGGUUUUGCACUACUUACAAACCCUACCUGAACCCAUCCUUCCAUCCCUCCAAAAAAUUUACCCAGAGUCUUUUAGUACUUCUGUACAGCUGCACCUUGUACAUCAUACUCCAUGUAAUGUUCCUCCUUACCUCUCAAAGAAUGAAUCAAGUCUUGGGGACCUCUUACUGGGCUUUCUUAAAUAUUAUGCUACAGAAUUUGACUGGAACACGCAGAUGAUCUCAGUUCGUGAAGCCAAAGCCAUCCCGAGGCCUGAAGACAUUGAAUGGAGAAAUAAAUACAUCUGUGUUGAAGAACCUUUUGAUGGAACUAAUACCGCCAGAGCUGUGCAUGAAAAGCAGAAAUUUGAUAUGAUCAAGGAUCAGUUUUUAAAGUCCUGGCAGAGAUUGAAAAACAAGAGAGAUCUGAACAGUGUUCUGCCUUUGAGAGCUGCUACCCUGAAGAGAUAGCUGGCCUCUAAUUUUUAAACUCUUCCAAGAAAUAAAGAACAAUAGUUACAUCCCAAUGCAUUUGUUUACCUCCAUCAUGGUUUAUUUUUAAUGUUGUUCUUGUUUUUUGUUUUAUUUUUAAAUGGACAUACUUAUAUAAAGAUUACAUAUUUUAUUAUGACAUUUCCUAAUAAACUCUUUGAUUUAAAAAUGUAUUUUUGAAAAUGUUUACAUUGAUGAUUAGUAGUAUUAUGGCAUGACUUUUCAGCAUAAAAUAUAUUUUGAGAAAUUACCUGAACUAAUAAGGUUUUGAUAUAAUUUUAAGUACUUGUACCACAUGUUAAUACUGACGAAGCAUGUGGAAUUUUGCGAAGGAUCUAAGUAAUACAUAUUUACAGUGUAACUGGCAGUAGACAGUUGUUCAGUUCAGUUCUAGUCAAGGGAAGAUUCAAGUCAGUUAUCGAGUUACUUGAAGCAAAUGAAAUCUUGGACUCCGUGAACUCACUGUGGAGUCCUGAAAUACUGGACCAUUGCCUUACGUCUUCUCUUGAGUCCCUGGGGCAGCCCAUCUGUGACUGUGUCUACCAGUGUCCCAUGAGCUCUUCACACCUUGCUCGGAGAGACUGGAGGUUGCUUUAGGUUUUGUGAUGAAACCAUACAUUUGCACUGUUGUAACAGGAGCACUAACAGCAGUUGGUGACUUGCUAAUGGCCUGAGUCUCUGACUCAGAUGCUUUGGGAAAAUGAAGUUUCCUAUGCUUUCUGAGAGCAUAGUGCAGUGUACACUGUUGCUUUACCUCCGGUUUUCUGGUUUUAUUUUCCUCAUGAUAAAAAACAGCAGAAAACUGAAACAUCGAAGUUAAGAUUAUAUCCUACUUGUAGAAUCAGAUUUCUGUGGAUUAUAAUCUAAACUGGAAUUUUUAGGCAGUAAGCCACUACCAAGUGUUUUAGAUAAGACAAUAAAAUUAUAAAUAAAAGUUUAAUGUUUAUACAAAAAUCUUUUUUAGUAUUUCUUUUUCACAUGAAAGUAGUAGCUUCAGAUACAAGCUAUUCUGUUUAUUAAGACUGUUUUUAGUUUAUGUAAAUAUUUGUAAAUUGGUUAGUACCUGUAAAUUUAAAUAUAAAAAGUAAUCUUGAAGGCAGUUGUAACUUUUUCAAAGACUGCAGACUUCUUGUAGGCCUGUGGUGGUACAGUUUGUACCACUCAACUAUUUUUUGCAGACCAAUUGAAAAACUAAAAUGUUCACUUCUUUGACUUAUAAAGGGUGCAUAUUUUCUUUUUCUUUUAAGUUCAAAUUUUUGUAUGCUGUCAAAUGGAAUAAAGUUUAUACCUGGAAAUUA